AUGAGUGUUUCCUUUCCAGAACUCGAAUGGAACGUGUAUGGCGAAGAAAAUGAUACUAUACAAAACAAUAAAGGCCAAGAUGUCACCAUACAAGUCGGAGAGACAGUAGAAGAGACGUUGCAGUGUUUGACGAAAGCUCUGGGCGACGAUUUGGACUCGGCCAAGAGCUUAGCCGAAGCUGCUCACAAGGAGUUCGAAUCAAAAGAUCUCAACGUUGACUGUUAUCCGCCCGAAGAGGAAAAUCUCGAUUUGGAGAAAAUCGGAAUAUGGAUCGAUCCCAUUGAUUCAACAAACGAAUAUAUAAACGGAAAUGUCGAUACCAUAAACGAAUACGGAUUCCACUCCAGCGGACUUCACUGUGUUACAGUCAAUAUUGGUUUGUUCGACAAGUACAGCGGAAAACCUAUUGCUGGUGUCAUCAAUCAACCGUUUUUCGAAUUCGACGCCGUCAAUGGGUGGAAUGGAAGAUGUUACUGGGCGUAUUGCGACGGACAGAAAAGUUUAAACUCGUUGCCAGAAUUCAUUAGCUGCAAUCAGGUAAAGAAAAAACUCCAAUUAGUUAUACAUUUAUAAAUUUAUUAUAUUAUGCUCUCAUCGAUCGUUUACCCAAAGCGGAAUAAACGCCUGUUAAACAUACCCAUUAUAGGUGUAGGAUUAUAAAUUAUUCAUAUAAUACAAUAGUGAGUCGCGAACACUGGCAAUAUAAUUAUUUGAAAAAACACUAAAUUUACGUGCAGAUAAUGGCAGAUAUGAUUAUUAUUAUGAAUAACGCGUUUGCAAAAAUGUCACGGAAUCGGGCAUGAGAGAUUUAAAUCAUUUUUUUCCCGCGUCUCAAUAACGCACUAAUGAUAAUAUUGCGAAGUCUAAGAUAUAUUUUGUAUCAGUCUUUUAGAUUCUGAGUGGAACGAUGAAUGUAUUGAUUUUACAAUGAUGUGUGUUUUUUUUUUUAUUUU